ACGACUAAGCGUCGUUGUUUCGCGCCCCAAGAUAAGGCGCCGUGAUUAUUGAUCCGCCUGCAGUCAACCUUGACUCACCGCCCCGCGAUCGACCCGCCCGUGAUUGGGACACCAGCGCGACCGCCGGAAAGGGAAGGCUGCCUGAGUCACCGCGUAAAGCGAACGAGUCAUCUUUCGGCAUUCUGCAUUGAGCUCAUAAGCACAUCAACACGGCCCUCCCGAACUUUUGGCACCAUGGCCUAUCUCUCUUCUUCCCCCACAACCUCCUCCACUCCUACUACCACUACUUCUACUUCUUCCCCCCUCUCCUCCUCCUCCAACCCCAACAUUACUCCCAGCUCCUACUUCUCCUCUCUCGUCCGGAGGCGGCAACAAAAGAAAAUGAGCAUCACUCAAACUUACUAUCUCGCCCACACCGCCCGUAAGAAGCUCACCCGGGAAGCCUCGCGGGCGGACCAUGACCUCCGCCUCCUCGUCGGCCACGCCAACCUCCUCGAUUCUCUCAUGCUGGAGCUGGCCGAUGCCGAAAGGGAACAGGAACGCUGGUUCAACCAAACCGUGAGCGGCGUGACCAAGACCUCGCAAAGUUCAGAACCCCGACACAUCCAAUGGGCAGAAACCGUGGUUGAGGACCCCGAGGAGGACUGGGACCCCGAGGACGUCUCCGACGCCGACUCUGAUGUCAGCGAUGAUGACUCCGACUAUGAUGAAGAUGAAUACGAAUAUCAAUCCAACCUAUACACACCAGUGCGCCGGCGGGCACCAUCGCCCGUGGCCAUCAUCACCGAAAAGGAAGUGGAGGAAGACUACGACUCCGACUCGGAUUCAGACUUCGAGUACGAUGACGCGGAGGACCUGGAGGAAUUGACUUUGACCCGUUCGCCCUCACGACAGACCCCACCCGAGUUGCUGUCAGACUCCGAUGGGGAAUCCGAGGACGACACCAUGCCGCCGUCGCCUCCCCAACCGACCCUCGAGACCUUCGAUGAGAAGGAACCACAAGCCACUGAGAUCCCGCUGUCCCCGACGGAGCUCGAGAGUGGGUAUUACGUCCCUGGUCAGGCACGAAGCACGAUUAUCGAGGCCUACUGAUCGUGCCUUGCGGAUUGACGACCACGUCAAUGUACCAUACGUGAUACCCCCUGAUGAAUUGUUCUGGAAAGGUUGCUUUUGUUUUGGGCGAGUCGCCACUAUCAUAGCGGGUCCGGCGUUUUGUGACAAAGAAAAAGGAAUUUUGGUUGGCCAUUGUGAUUUAAUUACUGUUUUGCAUCUACUUUGCAUCAGGGGUUGCCCCCCUUUGCAUGCCCGAGCGCUUGGGCAUUGAUUCUCUACUCUCUUGGAUGGGUUGGUCCCACAGUUAGGCCGCUUUGAUAGACGGCCGAAUUUUUUUUCUUCUAGUGUGAGGGGCCUCAAGAGGCCCCAGAUAUGAGAUUUACAAUGAACACAUUGCUAGAACAUACGGAUACAGAGUAGCGAGUGCAUCUGAUAGAGACCUGUCGAGUCGAUCUUCACCGUAGAAAAGAGUGCCAAUUUCACUGCAGCCCACAUGGCCGUCAAUAGCCGAUCGAUA